AUGCGGUCCUACGUCGCUCAGCUUGCCGAGCAGUGGUCCAUGAAGAACCUGAUCGCAUCAGGGAAUCAAUUCAAGAACUUCCCGUUCGCUCGAUACGCCACCGACGUCACGUUUCAACAAACAAACACUCCAUGUGGCUCGUACGCCGAGAAGAAGCAUUACUACAGUGGGAAGCACUCGCUCUACGGUCACAAAGUCGAAAUCUCGGUCGUCCCAAAUGGCUUUGCCAUCUUUUGCACAGAGCACUACAAAGGAAGUAUCUCGGACAAGACCAUCUUCGAUGAGAACGUCGAUGUGCACAAAGCAGGCCUCGCCAAGCAGCAGGACGAGACCCUUCUUGCGGACCCAAACCGUGAACACACUUCAUGGGCUGUGCUUGCGGACAAGGGUUACCAAGGCAUCCAGCAUGAAGUUCGGGCUGUGCUUCCCAGUAAGAAGCCAAAGGGCGGUAUCCUCACAUUCGAGGAGCAGCGUCGCAAUGACGCCAUCGCCAGCGACCGGGUCGUGGUGGAAAACUUCUUCGGACGAAUGAAGACAUUGUGGGCUGUGUGCACGGACAAGUACAGAUGGAGUCGGCAGAACUAUGACGUUAUCUUCCAGACAGGCGUGGCGCUGACCAACGUCCACAUCCGAUUCCAUCCCUUGAAGGAUGAAGAUGGCGAUGUGAACACCCAGUACAUCAAUCGACUAAAUGCCAUUGGUACGAAGCUCAUAAAGGACAAGAGAAAGGCAAGUCAAAAGCACAAGAAAAAGCGGAAGGCCAGGUUGUCCAUGUGCUUGGCUGGGGGUAUAUCUCUUGCUGCUGAUCAUGCGGGGUCUGAUGGCUCCGACACCGAGCUCGGUAGUCAAUUAUUCUAA